AUGGCACGCCUCGCCAUCCUGGUGGUGCUCCUGGCGGCGUCGUCGGCGCUAUCCGCAGCGCAGAAGGCGUCGCCCAAGCCGGCGGCGAAGGCGGCCCCUGGGCCAGCGUCGUCGGGCGGCAGCGCGGCGGACGCGGCGCCGCCGACGGACAUAAACAAGGCGCUCAAGGACGAGCAGUUCAGCGAGUUCAAGCAGCUGCUCCACGACACGCGCGUGGACACGCAGAUCAACGCGCAGCUGACGGACAGCUACAACGGGCUGACCAUCGUGGCGCCCACCAACGCGGCGUUCGACAAGAUGAAGGCCGGCGUGCUCAACGGGCUGUCGCCGCAGGAGCAGAUCCAGAUGGUGCUCUACUGCGUGAUGCCCAGGUUCUACAGCCUCUCCAUGCUCGGCACCCUCAACGGCAAGGUCACCACGCAGGGGUCCGGCCACGACGGGCCUUACAAGUACGACAUCGAGCGGUCCGGGAACAACAUCAACGUGUCCACGGGCGUCAACUGGAUGCUGCUGGGCAGCCCCAUCAGCAAGGAGUUCCCGCUCGCCAUCUACCCCGUCGACAAGGUGCCGCUGCCGUACGAGCUGUUUGGCCCCAAGCCGCCGACGCCGGCGCCCGCGCCCGCACCCGCGCCGGCCAAGUCCAAGACCAAGAAGAAGAAGAAGUCCGCCGGCAUCGCCGAGCCGCCCACGGCCGACGACGACACCUCCUCCUCCGACGACCAGAAGGCGGCGGCCGCGCCCGGUGCCGGCGGGGUGGCCACCAGGUGGGUCGUCGCAGCGCUCUCGGUCGGCGCCGCUGUCCUCGGCGGCGGCCUCUUCUGA